CGCACUCGUGGCUGCCGCGUCCGCCGCGUCCGGGGUUGACGUUCCCCAGUGGAGGCGGGGACAGAGGGUCUCGCAGAUGGCCCCGCUCCCAGGGGCAGAGCUUGUGCAGAGGCCGCUGCAGCUCUACCGAUACCUGAUGCGCUGUUGCCAGCAGCUGCCCACCAAGGGCAUCCAGGAGCAUUACAGACAUGCUGUCAGGCAGAGUUUCCGGGUUCAUUCAGAUGAAGACAAUCCUGAGAGAAUCCAGCAGAUUAUUAAAAGAGCCAUUGAAGAUGCAGACUGGAUCAUGAACAAAUAUAAGAAACAAAACUGAGAUGCCGGGGCCUAGAGAACCAAGCUGUCCUGAAGACAUUGAGGUUGAGAGACCUUGCUUCUCCUGGAAGUCAGCAGCGGCAGCCGUUUUGGAAUAUCCAUCGCCCUUAUUGGCUGAGAGCAGGAAAUCAGGGGUAGGAGAAGCUGACGUCUGCUCAGCUGGCUCUUCUUUCCACGUGUAUGUCCCAGCAUCCUUUAUGUUUGCUUUUCUGGCCACUGCCACGGGAGAUUUGGGGAGAAUAUGUUUUGUCACUUUGCUCCGAAGGUGCUGCAUGUAUUCUGGGUGUUGUCCUUUGAGACCCAGAGUGGGCAUCCCCUCGGGCUGUCCAGGGAGGACAGGGCAUGGGUUUUCGAACCAGCCAGGUCUGGAUUUGAAUCUCAGUUCUGCGGCUUUUCAAGGGUGUUGCCUUUGAGCUCAGCCUCCUCCUGUGUGAAGAUUAAGUAUAAGGAAGUCGAAGAGCUUCAAACAUCCCCCUGAGGAGGCCAUCCUCCACUGUGCCUUCCUCCCCGCCCGCAGUGCUCCACAUGUCUCUCUGGCACACUCCUCGUCGGGCCCGGGGGAUUGUGGGCCUGCCCUGUCCUGCUUGUUGUCCCUGAACGCUCAUGGCCCCACCAUGCCCAGCAGUCCCCCAAGCAGCCGCUCCUCCCAGCACUGUCCUUCCAUGAAGUCCUGGUCCUCGCCUUCAUGGAGUUUCUAGUGUCCCUGAAGUGGUGAAACUCACGCUGCGUGGAACAAGGAAGAAGGGCAGAGCAGCUACAGCGGAUGCCGAAGUGUGCAGACCUCUGUGAACCUGCGAUCUCUCCUGCUGGCCCUUCCCUGCUUUGCCAAUGUCUUGGAAGGAAGAAUGGAGGCAGGGCAGCAAGGAGGGAGGUGGGGAGCAAGCAUUCCUGUGGGAUAUGGUGAGCCUGAAACCCAUGGAGUGAGACUGGGUCGCAUCCCAAUGCCAUAGAAGUCGUUCGUAGGGGAACUUACCUGGCCUGUUUCAGCCUUGGUUUCCCCAUCUCCAGUGCAGUGAUGCCCCCACCUACCUGCCUGGACUGCAACAAGGAGUACUGAGCUCUAACGCAUGCCAGGUGCUUCUUGCAGAAGCUGGCUCAGGGAGCCGGCUGCACUGCUGUGGCCGGUCACCACAGUUAGGGAGCCCUGCUUUGCAGACUGGGAGAUGGCAGCACAGACAGGUCGAACCCCUUUUCAAGGUCACCAAGCUACUAAGCGAGGUCUGUGUGAAUCUACCAAACAGUACAGAUUUGGGAGGGAAGGGGGAGCAGCAGAGGGAGGGAAAGCGUCCAGGAAGGACUCGGGGGGCUGGCCAGAGCAGGAGGGGCAGCCAAAAGAGGAGGAGCCACACCGGACUUGCGUAUCCCCAAGGACUCUCAGCCAGAGGGAUGAGCCAGCAGGUUCGUGACCCUGCAAUGAAUUAUAGGACUUAAAGUGACUCAGGGACAUCUGUAUGGACUGAUCAGCAGGUAAUGAAGUAAAUAUAUCGAUUUCUGAAAGCUCUGGUGUCUUUUUUUUUUUUUAAAGAUUUUAUUUAUUUAUUU